GAAGAGCAGAGAGAAGCAGUCAGACAGAAGAGGACAGGAAUGUGUCCAGACUGAACGCGAGCUGGGCGGGGGUCGGUGUCUCUGCGCGCAGCCAAUGAUCGCGCUGCGCUUUCUCUCCGCGCUGCGUCCGCCUCACUCACUCACACUAACCGCUGGAGGCUCGCAGAAGAAGCGCGAGCGCGGGGAGGAUGAGGAUGAUGAUGAUGAGGAGGAGGAGGAUGAUGAUGAUGAUGGAUGCAGUACCGUGCCGUCUGGUGUUUUUAGCGCUGCUCUUUGGAGCCAGGAUCCAGCACACUGAAGCCUUACAGUGCUACUGUCACCGGUCUGAACUGAAGGGCCCCCUGCGGAGAGAGCAGGCGUCUGUUUCUCUGCUCGUGUUUUCUGACGUCUCUCUCCUGCUCUCUCGUUCAGUGCCGACGCAGAAGCCGGCGGUGUUGGGGCCUGUAGCAUUCGCGGCCCUGAUCGCGGGGCCCGUGUGUGUGGUGUGCUUCCUGAUGGUCACCGUCUUCUACAUCUGCCACAGCCGCUCGGUCCUCCACCACCGCGUGCCUAACGAGGAAGACCCCUCCAUGGACCACCCCUUCAUCACAGUGGGAACCACACUCAAAGACCUGAUCUACGACAUGACCACAUCCGGCUCCGGCUCCGGGCUUCCUCUGCUGGUGCAGCGGACCAUCGCCAGGACCAUCAUCCUGCAGGACAGCAUCGGGAAGGGCCGCUUCGGGGAGGUGUGGAGGGGCAAGUGGAGAGGAGAGGAGGUGGCCGUCAAGAUCUUCUCCUCCAGAGAGGAGCGCUCCUGGUUCCGCGAGGCUGAGAUCUACCAGACCGUGAUGCUGCGGCACGAGAACAUCCUCGGCUUCAUCGCCGCCGACAACAAAGAUAACGGCACGUGGACGCAGCUGUGGCUGGUGUCGGACUAUCCAGCGGCCUGGCGCACCUGCACAUGGAGAUCGUGGGAACGCAAGCACGACCGCUACACAGUGACGGUGGAGGGCAUGAUCAAGCUGUCUCUGUCCACAGCCAGCGGCCUGGCGCACCUGCACAUGGAGAUCGUGGGAACGCAAGGCAAGCCUGCUAUCGCUCACAGGGAUCUGAAGUCCAAGAACAUCCUGGUGAAGAAGAACGGCACGUGCUGCAUUGCAGACCUGGGUUUAGCUGUGCGACACGACUCCGCCACCGACACCAUCGACAUCGCACCCAACCACAGAGUGGGCACCAAACGGUAUAUGGCUCCAGAAGUGCUUGACGAUUCAAUAAACAUGAAGCACUUUGAGUCUUUCAAGAGGGCAGACAUCUAUGCCAUGGGGCUGGUCUUCUGGGAAAUUGCCAGCAGAUGUUCUAUUGGAGGCAUUCAUGAGGACUACCAGCUGCCGUACUAUGACCUGGUGCAGUCCGACCCGUCGGUGGAGGAGAUGAGGAGAGUCGUGUGCGAACAGAAACUACGGCCCAACAUCCCAAACAGAUGGCAGAGCUGUGAGGCUCUGCGUGUGAUGGCGAAGAUCAUGAGGGAGUGCUGGUACGCUAACGGAGCGGCCCGUCUCACAGCCCUGCGCAUCAAGAAGACGCUGUCCCAGCUCAGCCAGCAGGAGGGCAUCAAGAUGUAGAGCAUUCCUUUCCCAUCAUCCUUCAGAACCGCAUCACACGCAGCACUUUCACUGACGCCUGCCGCUCGUUUCUGCAUCUCGGUCUUAAACACGGACUCCUGAGGAUGAUGGGCCGUCAUUCUCACUCGGAGCACCAGACCGCGUCAAACACAAGAAGGGUUCUUUUAUUAUUUAUAAGCGGCCGGUGGAUUUGAGUUUGGUUUUUCUCCCAUGGAGGUUUGAUUGAUUUGUACCUGGUGUUUAAUUUCCGCUUAUCACUGCAGUUCUUCAGGUCGGCGGGACUUUUAAUACAUGUGUUCUGUUUUUGCAAAAACAAAACUGGACAUGACCUCAUUCAGUCCUGGCGAACAUGCGUGACAUAUGCAAUACAGAUGAAACCUAUCGACUUUAUAUUUUUACUGCUCUGCUACAACAACUACGAUGACAACCAUGCCUUCCAAGCCAGGUGUUACCAGCAAGUGCCACUGCUUUGAACCAACCAACUAACCAACCCACCCUCACGGUGCGCUGGGAUUCUCUUAUGCACACGGAGCGAGAGCGGGCCACUGGUGCCGUUCUUCAUUCUCUCUGCCUCUCAUUCUCUUCACUGAGGGAUGUAACUACUAUCAGACCUCUUCAUUUACAGCUGGAUUCACGGGAACGGGCUGCGAUCGGUCGGCCGGUUACAGCGAGGUGCACACCACUGACGCUCGACGCAAGCCGGCGACUGAACAAGAACGAAAUAGCAUUACUGAAAGCUGCCCAGACAUACAGUAUGAUUAGAGCGCUCUCGGCGUGCAAAGACCAGGUAUGGUUGAUAUAGAAUGGAUAUUUACUAAGCCAUUGGUUUUCCAACAUUUUGUGGCAACUUUUUCUAAUAGAAUGUAAAUGAGAAGAAAUGUCAAGGACUGCUUUGAAACUCUUUGGAGCGAGCCUUAAGGGACCAACGUGGAGCUGAGUGUAAUGACACGCUGGCUUCAGGACUGUGUGUAAGCCGGUUCGGAAAUGUAGCAGCAGUCGUGUGUGGCUCAGAGCUGGUGAGAUCGUGAAUGAAGAGCGAAAGCUCAACUGCUUUCUCAAGGUAUCAUUUUCUGGUGCUUAUUUAAGCGUGCAACUCGAGAUUCUUAUUUCUCUACAUCCAUACGUUUGACAGUUUCCCGCCGCUGAGUUUUCAGCGAUCUUUAUAGUCAGUCGUGGAAGGAAUCUUCAGUGCAAUGCAAGUCAAGCUCAGUCCACAGCAUUUGUGUCGGAAUGUUGAUCAGCACAAAAUUACAGCAAACGUCAUGGUUGCGAUGAGGCACUUACAAUGGAAAUGAAUGGGGCAAUUUUUGCAGGAUUUAAAAGAUUUAAAAUUGGAAAUUUUGUGAAAGCACUUCUAUUAAUUAUUCUGCUAAAACAUGGGUAUUAUUUGAGCUGCAAAGGAUCAUGUUAAGGUUUUAGCUGUUACAUUAUGACAACAAAUCUGUAAAAUUGGACAGAAAAUGUUUUUUUUUUUUAUACAAAAACAGUGAAUGUAUGUUGUUAUGUGUUCAUUUGCGGCUCAUUUGAAACGCCAUUGUAAGUACCUCACUGGAACGCAGAUUUUUUAAAGGAAAUACAUUUUUGUGAAAACCAACCAAUGCUGUCAGUUUAGUGCGACGUGUAUUGAAUGUGGAUAUUCCUUUAAGAAGCGUAAACGAUGUCACGUGUUGAGCAGUAGCAGUGUUUUAGCAUGUUGAUUGCUCAGGUGAAGGCUUUCUGCUCUUCUGGUGGUCAAACUUCACUGCUAUGCAUCACGAGUCUCUGCUGGAGCACAAACCACACACAGACUCUCCGCAUCUCAUGCAGUUUACAGCAAUUACAUUCAUACAGCUCUUGUUUUUUCCUGAAAUGUGUUGGAAUUGCUUUAGGGAAGGCAUUUCCAGCACACUUCCUUUAAAGCGGAUUGAUUUUGCCAUGUAUUUCUCAGUUGUGCUGAGUUUGAGUUUGUUUGCCAGUCGCUCGGAUGGACAGUAGUGUCAUGAUGGAUUAUUGAUGCGGUUUCAUACGUACAGUGAGUGAAUGAAUGACUCCUGCCACACAUUCAGAUGCACAAUUCCUCAAUGAAGUACUUUUUAAUGUGUGCGUAGGAUGCAGUGACUAUAAAUAAUGUGUACAUGUAUAUAAAUAUGUAUAAUGUUUGUCAGGCUGGGCCCAGUUUGUUAACAGAGAAAGUGUAAAUUAAACCCAGUUUCAGGAAAAGGGAGCGAUCCGGGGAAUCGAUCGGCUCGUUUGAGGGAAUGAGAGUGUAGUUCAGCUUUCUUCAGCAAACACAGAGAGUUCAGCCAGAAAUGAAAAUGAUCACUUAUUCAUCCUCAUGCUGCUCCAAGCCUGUACGCUGAGCUCGGGGA